ACGAGGUUGGGCUAAAGCCCAGUACCACCUAAACAUUCCCUCAAAUUUGGACGCUCGUGAGCGACUGGGUCGGGGCGCGGCAAUAUCCCAAACAAGUCAAUAUCUUGUAGCGGUAGUCAAUCAGGCGGCAUCAGCACGAGUUCUUUAUGCUUUAAUACUCAGAAAGCAAAACCCGAUUGUCCUUAUGUGGGAGCCUUCCAUUGCUGCCCUGCUCUGCCUCUAACCCUCGCCAUGUUGACGGUCCAGCCUCCGCAGAUGAUGCUCCUCUUUGACUAUCUCUGCCACUUUCUCGUGGAGGCAGGUCUGCUCGUUCCGAUGGGGCUUCUGGCAGCGGGAGCUGCGUGUCCAGCUCCUCCUCCCUCUAUAAGAAGACUCCUCCUAUCACAGCUGCCGCAUAUCAGAUACUCAUCUCUUUCUCCUCGGCCUCCUCUCUAAAGACCUCUACAAAGAGAGCGAGCGGGAGAUAGAGAGAGAGGCCAACGUCGUCUGAAAGAAGAAGCUCGUUCAGUUGACGGAACUCACAUCUGAAAACGUCGAACAAUUGAAUGCAAAGUCGAUCAUAUCAGAAAUUUUACAAGUCCACAGACAUAUCGUAACCAGAAUCCUUCUGACAGGCAUUCAGAAGCAGCAAUAUUGACUGGAGUGAGUGCUAACACCAAUCAGAGGGAGAGAGAGGGCUCAGAGGAGCACACAAAUUUGAUAAAAACAGGCAGGAAGGAAUUAUGGGAAAUGCAGUGCCCUCGAGAGGGUGCCGGGACGUGGACCGGCUGGAUGCUUCCAGUUCUGAAGAUGAGAUCGAGGAUGAGGGCGCCAAUGCCAGAGAGCUGAAGGUGGUGACAGUCCUGAAGCGGGACGGGACGGUGCUGGAGUUCAAGAAAGAGCUGAGCGUGUCCAAGCUUCUGAAGAGCUUCCCGGGCCACUUCGUCUGCAACUCCGAGGAGCUCGGGUCCGGGGCCAAAGCGCGAAUGCUGUGCCCGAAAGCUCGUCUCGCCCUCGGCAAGGUCUACCUCCUCCUCCCCCAGCAGCAGAAAGCCAGAAGAAGAUCGUGCAGCAAGAUCAACCCCGUGCUCGCUCUGGCCUGUCCGGAGCGCCUCAAUUCCCAGCAAUCCUCAGCAGCAGCCGCCGCCGCCUCCGGGUAUCAGAGACUCGGAGCUGAUGACGAGCCCCGUUCUGAGAGCAUAAAGUUGGUGAUGACCAAACAGCAGCUGGCCAAGAUGAUGGCCGACGGCUCCAUCCUCAUGGCGGCGGGCAACAAAGAAGCAGCGGCGCAGCUGAUGAGCGUGCGAGCCAAUUCCCCGGAGCUCUCGUACAGCAGCAUGAGAUUGUUCAACCAUCCCGUCGUACAAAGCACCAAUAAGAGCGGCAGCUUCCGACGGAACUGGUCCCCAGCUCUCGACAGCAUCAUCGAAGUCCCAAGCCAGUGAGCCUCAAGAUUUCUGAAUGAGUGAACGGACGGAUAGCCAAUCGAUGCUGGCACCCUUCGUCGACCUCAGCGUGUCGAUGAUGAUCGACAAUGUCCACGUCGAGCUUUGCUUGCGCUGCUGCUGGAGUUGCUCGGGCUGUGCAUGGGAUUCGACCGAUGGCAAAGAUUUAGAUUUCGAAGAUGGAGAUAUGGAGAGAUGGAGAGACGGAGAGAUGGAGAGACGUGGAGGAGGGUAGUUCUGGGGAGGACCGAUUUUCUUGUACAGGGUUUAUGCAGGUCCCCGGUCCCUUUCACGAAACUGGGCUGCACUGCGAUCGAUGUAUU